UUUACCUUUUUUGAGAGAAUGUUUGCAGGUUUCCAGUGGUGGUUCGAAACGCUGUUUUUUUGUGGGAUAAUUUAAAUUUUCUUCUCAUAUGACACAAGAAAUUCUAAUUUUUUCUAUUAAUGUGAGUAUACUUGUCCAUAAUUGCUCUGGAUGGGUGCCACAUGUUAUGUUGUGGGUUGCAAAUCUGGAUAUGCCUCAUGCAAGGAAAAAGUUCACUUUUUCAAACCAAAAAAUGUGAAGUUAGUUAAAGAGUGGGAGAAAGCAAUAGGUCGUAAAGACCUGAAGCUGAAUAAGAAACAUUCAAUUUGCCACAAACACUUCGAAGAUGCAGACAUUAUCAGAGGGAAAUCCUUGGAGGGUAAAAAUGGGCCAGUAGUUUACGAUUUAUCCCGGUGGAAACUAACUGAUGGGGCAAUACCAAAACUUCUACUUGGAAAACCUGUUACAAAAAUCAAACCACCAAGAAGGGUUCUACAAAGAACCGCUUUAUCAGAGGUUACUGUUCUUGGUGAAUCUAACAUUUCUGAUCAGCAUGCAGCUCUAAAAAGUAAAAUUCCAGAAAAGCAAAACAUUAACCCCAGGGAUGUGGCCUUACCAUUAUCAUGGUUCUGGCAACAAGGAAGUUUACAGAAACAAGAAUUUAUUUGCUCAAAAUUCAAAUGGUUGAAUGAAAACAAAUUUGAAUAUGUUAAGACUGUAAUCAUCAACGAAGACACUCGAACCCUUCGCUACUUCCUACGGGGUCAGCAAGUUUUCCAUGAAAACCUUAAGUCCCAGUUUUCAACUAUAAGUGAGCUUUACAUUUACAUGAAGCUCUUUGAUGACGCACAAGUAUGCAUUGGCAAUCCCGGGUUUUCUUGCAAUGCGGGCACUUUUUCAGCAAAAUCAAAGUUUUCUCAAACAACAGGACAAAAUGUUGUUCAGUCAAGUUCCGAAAAUAAUAUCCUGAAGGAAUCAUCAAAUCUUCCGACGAAAACUUCCAGUCAACAGCAACCUCAAGCGACAUCAAAGUUCCUUAUUUUGCAGCCACAUAACCUUAGUAAAAUCAUCGACGAAACGGAAAAAACUACCAGCGAUGAUACUAACGAUAUAACAACUAGACAACCCGUUCCACCGGUGGAAGUACGAUCUGAAACCGUCUGUGAGUCAUCACCGAUUGCUGAAUCGACUAUUUCAAGGAAUGAACAUAAGAAUUUGCCCUACAUUGGUGUUGUUGACAUUUCUCAAGCUAUUCCUCAUGAAGAUGAACCAACUUUUUCGUUACAAAUGCCGGAUGGAGCAGCCGUGAGUUUGCGGUAUCCCAACGAGUUUUUUCAUCCUUCCAUUUCCAAUUCAAAAGAACUUGAACGAAAGCUUGUUAAGCGCUCCUGUCGAUACGCCAAAUCAAGCUAUAAUUUGGUUUCAUAUCUACUGGAAACGUGGAGGCUAGGCGUCUACACACCUUUUAAAUCUGAUUUAUUCCCCGUUUCGUUUAUGGCUAAUCAACCUAAAGUUCCUGUGAGACAACCAAUUGCGAAUGAUUGGUCCCAUUUGCAGCAACCAACUUUCCUGAUCGCAUUACCACAACAAGUGUAUUUGCCGUAUUACCGCCGAAAAGUAAUCUCUCGCGACCCAUCUUUGAAACCAACAGUGAAAGCAGCAUUGAAACUUGCCAACAUUGAAAAUAUGAAAUCCUUCAAUGAAAAAAUCCACGUUACGCUGAAUGGAGAGUCGCUUGUCCAACUUUCCAUUUGUAAUCUCUUCCAGGAUGAAAGUAAUUAUUAUGAAUACCAACCGAGCCCACCAAAAGUCCAUAAGAAAGGUCGUUCACGUAGUUUAGUCGACGAUAAUUUAAUCUUGGAUGUGGAAGCGAAAAAUGAUAUUGCAAAUGACCAAAGAGAUCUUGAAUUGGCGAGGCGCUUGCUGAAAAAAGAAGGAAACAGAAAAUACUUUCUCCAAAGACAACUUCGUCUGUUAUUUGAGAAAUAUACCAAGAGCAAAGAUUUGGCUCGUUCCAUUUUACUGUCUUCAAAUAAAUGCCAACCGAGGAACAAUGAAAAUAGAGUACCCGAACUGCCCAAGUCAUCAGUGAUCGCCAAGAAAGUUGCAUCACUAGCGAAAUGCCAGCAAUGCAACAAAACGCUUAAAGUUUCUAGUAUGAAGAAUCAUCUUAAAAGUCAUAGCGGUGUCAAGUCCCAUUUAUGUGAACUCUGCGGUCGUUCAUUUGUUUUCAAAUCAAGCCUUAAUAGCCACAUUCGAAUCAAUCAUAAUGGAGAAGCUAAACCCUUCAUGUGCACCAUUUGUGGCCACACCUGUAGUAGAAAGCAAUUACUAGACGAUCACGAAAGAAUCCACACUAAUGAAAGGCCGUUUGAAUGCUCGAUUUGUGACAAGAGAUUUCGCACGAAAUCUACCCUUGCCACUCAUAGGAGAACUCAUUCAGACGUGAAACCCUACUCGUGCAAAAUUUGUGCAAAGUCUUAUACCCAAAGCACAUCAUUAAAGAAACACUUCGGAAGACAUCAUGAAAAUAUGGGGCCAAACGGCGCUAAAAAUCCACUUAUAGCAACCGCCAAACUCAGUUAUCACUGCGAGUUUUGCCAAAAACAGUUUUGGCGACUCCUGACAUACGAAAAACACCGUGCCACUCAUACUGGUGAAGCUGUUGCUGUCCGUUGCGCACAUCCCAAUUGUGACUUCACCUAUUCUGAUACACAACAACUGAAGACUCAUGUGUUGACGCAACAUCCUCACAAAGCGUACACGUGUGAUGUGUGUGAGAAAAUCUUUUUGGCGAAGCAUUCCCUAAAGGAUCAUAAGAUCCUGCAUGAUUCAACGCUUGGAUUUCAGUGUUCUUACUGUCCUGCUAGGUUGACGACUAAGGCUAAUCUGAUUUCUCACGAAAAGAAUCAUACUCGUGAUACACCAUUCGAAUGUUCCUACUGUGAAAUGCGUUUCUACAGCACUUAUAUGUUGAACAUUCACAUGCGCAAACAUCAUCUGCUUGGUCAGCCUAAAAAGAAGCGCAUUAGAAAGCCAACUGGAAAAUAAAUGUAAUUUUCCAGACAUUUGAAAGACUGUGGCACUAAUUUUAAUCGGAUUCCUUUGGGUAAUUUUUGUAAAUAGGAUCCAUUUGAAAAUAAAUGCAGAAAUGAUCUUUUGUUA